UUUUUUUUGGGGGGGGGGGGGGUUCCAGAAUAUUUUAUUGCAGCGGCCCAAACAGGAAGUGCUACAUUAGCAAACUUCCAGCUCGUCCGAACUUAAGUAUGAGUACGUGGUAGGUAACAAGGGGGUAAAUGUCCCACGCAUUACUCAGUGUCCCCCCCCCCUGAACAAAAAGACUGACAAAGACCAGAGAGACCAACGGUCCCACGAAGGCAGGGCGGCGGCAUGCGAAGCGGCUCGGUGGGGAACUUUCGGGGCGCGGGGAGCUCUGGCUCCGUCCGCCGGGGCUCCGCCGUGCUGCCGUCGGUUCUAACGUUCUUGGUGAUCGUAGCGUCCGGAGGCCUGCUGCUCAUGAUUGAGAAAGGAAUGCUGAACGGCGUGGAGACGCCUUCCCCCCGCGGGAACGGCCAGCGGCCGGACCCGGCCGGGCACACGGCCAAACGCAGCCCGGGCGGCGCGGACGUGGAUUUCCAGAUCCUCCAGGAGAUCCGCAACCGGACCAUCAGGACGGUGUGCAGCCAGAAGAACAUGCCCCACAGCGUGUGGUCGCUGAGCCCGCUGCAGAGGAGGACGCUCCUGCAGCACAUCCUGGUGAACGACGAGCACCGCUUCCUCUACUGCUACGUCCCCAAAGUGGCCUGCUCCAACUGGAAGAGGGUCCUGAAGGUCAUGAGCGGUGCCCUGGACAGCGUGGACGCCAGCAUCAAGAUGGACCACCGCAGCGACCUGCUGUUCCUGUCCUCGCUGAAGCCGGAGGAGAUCCGCUACCGCCUGGCGCACUACUUCAAGUUCAUGUUCGUGCGCGAGCCCAUGGCGCGCCUGCUCUCCGCCUACAGGAACAAGUUCGGCGAGAUCGAGUCCUACCAGAAGAAGUACGGCGUGGAGAUCGUGAAGCGCUACCGGAAGGGCCGCGCCAAGGACGCCGCCGCGGCGGGGGACGACGUCACCUUCGCCGAGUUCGUCCGCUACCUGCUGGACGAGGACGCCGAGCGCAUGAACGAGCACUGGAUGCCCGUCUACAACCUGUGCCAGCCCUGCGCCGUCUCCUACGACUUCAUCGGCUCGUACGAGCACCUCCAGGAGGACGCCCAGCACGUGCUGCAGCGCGUGGGCGCGCCCCCCUCCGUCCACUUCCCCCAGAGGCAGACCUGGUACAAGCCGGUGACCGCCCAAACGUUGCACUACUACCUGUGCGGCCUGCCGCAGAAGCUCCUGAGAGAACUGCUGCCCAAAUACAUUUUAGACUUUUCCCUUUUCGCUUACCCGCUCCCCAACACAACCACUGAACACUGCCGACACUAAACCAAUCGUUUUAGAGCCUAGAGAUUAUUUUUCUGAGAUAAAUCAGUGCCUUUGGUUUUUUUACACCUUGGAAACACAGUAUUUUGAGACCUUUGCCUUUUUCCAUUGUUUUUUACACGUUUUCCUGUCACUGCAAAAUGCUGAACGCUGGGAAAAGACUUCAAACCACUAAAGCUUGAAUUCCUAUUAAAAAUAAAUCUUUGAAUAUUUUUUAAGGACAGACCAACCCAGUUUACUUUUAAAGUAUUGACAUAUUGCAAACCUGAAAGAAGGUUAAUGAAUGAUUUAAAAAAAAUGUUUUCAUCCCAUUUGAUAAAUUACCAUCAAACAAAAUGCUGUGCAGUUUGAUUAUUUUGAAAUCUCUUUAUUUUAAAAAUAAGUUAGUCAUUUUCUUUAAAAAACAAAACAAAAAAACAUGAAUAUUAAACAUUAUACACAAAUCUUCUAGGAUGCCAAACACUUUCUGUUCCUAACUGUAUCUGUCAGAGUGUUCUGAAUCAACCAGUUCCAAAACCUCAAAGUGAGCGUGUGUGAGCAGAGUUAAGGUAAGGCUGUGUUAUUUGAAUAAAAACGCCAUUUUCUUUAAUCAACACAAAUGUUUGUCCUCGUCCGGUCGGACAGAACAAUGAAGCUGCUCUUAAAACGCCCUUUCGGAGGGGCUUGCAUUUCAUGUCUACCGUUUCCUGACUCACUCAUCGCCCCCGAAGCUUACGCUCCUGAAAGAGAGAACCGACAGAGGUUUUGAGAACGCAGCCAAAACGCCUGAAGGCUUCGUUUAAAAAAAGAAAAGAAAAAGAACCCGACCGGUUUUUCUUUGGUGUGGUGGCCUCUCUUUCUUACUUGUCUGUCGACCUGUCGCUGGAGCGGUCAAGCGUUCG